CAACCUCGUUGACGUGUCCCAGCUCGCGCGAGAUGAACUUGCUGCGCAGUCUCGCUUCCGCGUCCAUCUACAUACUUGCCGUAUGCUAUCCUCGGGCUUCUCGUCGCUCGCCGCGUCGCUGGCGACCACCGCCAACAUGGCGGCCUCGACGGCCCAGCUGCACGCCGCCGUCCUCUCGCACUCGGUGCACCUGCCCAAGCGCGUGAGCCAGCUCUGGUCGCACGUGGCCUACGAGUCGCAGCCCAGCGCGCUCUCCAAGGCGCCGUUGGACCUCGAUGCAGCGCUGCGCACGGCCGUUGCGCGCAAUUCACUCGAGACGCUCCGGCUGCUGCUCGACUAUGGUGCCAACCUCCACGCGACCGACGCCGACGCGCACUCGAUUCUGUACCUCGCUGCGUCGGCUGGCCACGCCGCCAUGACAGCCGAGCUCCUCACGCGUGGUGCGCGUGCGACGCCCGAGAUGCUCGAGGUGGCCAUUGGCCGCCACCAUACGAACGUUGUCAAGCUCCUCGUGCCGCACGUAGCGCCGACACUUGUCCACGUCCACGACGCGAUCGACGCCAACGCGCCACCUACGUUGGUCCAAAUGCUUCUGACGACCAUGGACGAUGUCGAUGCUAUGAUGAACAACAUGUCGCCGCUCAUGCGCGCUGCUUCCAAGGGCCACGCCCGCCUCUGCGACGUACUCCUCGACGCCAACGCCGACGUCUUUGCCGAGAACGAGGAUGGCGACACGGCCCUCCACUUUGCCUGCCGCGCCGGACAUAUGCAUGCGACGUACGUGCUUCUCCAGGCCGGCGCCGACAUGGACAUGCCCAACGUCGAUGACGAGUCGCCGUUCGAGGUGGCGUCGCCGCACCUGACGCCGCUCCUCGACUGCAACGGCGUCGUCGACGAAGCCAUCGUGCUGCAAUGGCAGCACCAACUCACGACCCGCGGGAGCAUCAUCCCCGCGGGCGUCCUCAAGAAGCGCGCCGCCAAGUACGGCGACCUGCCACUCACUACGAUUGCCGAAGAAGGCAACUAGACCGUGGACACGACUCGAUUCACUGGACUCCAGUAGACAACCCCAACACCAUUGCACGCGGUGCAAGGACACAAUACCAUCGUACUAUGUAGACUAUCUUCCGUCGUUGUACAGCCUUUUCCGCUUUUUUAAUAUAAGACACGACGCCCAUCAUGUCGGCUCGCUUGGUCAUCGA